AUGAGCCACCUCCACCCCGGCCGCCGCCGCAGCGCGCGCCACAGUUCCCGCCCACCCACCACGCGCCUCCAUCCCCAAAUCGACGCCACUGAGGACGGCACCGGAGUGGCCAGCCACCGGCGCAGCAGUAAGCGCCGGAGCUCCCACAUCCAAUCGAGCGAGGGGGGCGACCGAGUGACCCGCCGCUGCCGCGGUAAGCGGUUCCGCGCCCAGACUCAUGCUAGCGAGGUGGGCGACGGCACCUCGCCGGAGCCGCCCGCCUCCCCGCUUCAAGUCGACGACCUCCUGAGGGAGAUCCUGCUCCGCCUCCCCCUGGACCUACACUCGCUCUCUCGGGCAUCCGCCGUCUGCAAGCCGUGGCGAGGCAUCGUCGUCGAUUCCAAGUUCCUCCUCCGGUUCUAUACACGCCAUCGUAAGCCGCCCCUCCUCGGAUUCUUCCAGCGCGGCGACCAACGGCUCAUGUUCACCCCCGUCAUGGCUCCUGCUCCCGACCGCAUCCUACCUGGGAGCUUCGACCUUGGACAUUGCUACAGCCACGUGCUUGAUUCCCGCCACGGCCGCGUCCUUCUCAGUGCCGGGCCCCGGAUCUUCAUGUAUGAUCCUAUCACCAGCAAGCAGCACGACAUGUCCAUUCCUCCGGUGUUCUUGGACCGCCACUUCAGCGCGGCAAUGCUCUGUGCUGCCAGCGACCAGGGACAUGUGCACGGCGGCUGCCACUCCUACCCCUUCAAGGUGGUCUUGGUGUCCAUGUACAGAGGGGGGCAACCCAUUGCCCGCGUUUACUCCUCAGAGACUGCCACAUGGGGCGGUCUCAUCUCUACCAAGACUCGACAUGUUGGGUCUUCUCUUGAUUCUGGUGGCACCCUUGGAUCCCGCUUUAGGGAUCACUGCUACACUUUCACGAGUUUCUCUCCACUAGGCACAACCAUUGCCGGUGGAACUGAUGGAGCUGAAAUGUUAGGAUGACACUGGUUUGAUGUGCUAAUGUGCUGAAACGGUCUAAUGGGUGAAGGAAGGGUUGCUGUGGUUGUUAGUUGUCACUUGGUUUGUCGCGUCGCAUCAGUGUGGUCGGCAGUGUUUAUAUGUUACCUAAAAGGCUACAACAACCUACCGUGCCUUAAUCUAGCCAAGUCUCUAAUGUAGGAAGAUGCUUUUGAAUACCUAAUCCAGGGAAUUUGAGCUGAACCUAGUAUUAUAUGAAGUUGGAUUCCGCCUUCUCCUGUUUUUGCUUCAUGCUUGUGCUUGGCAGCUCUUGUGUUGAGCAAUGAGAG